CGUGAGGCGUGCGCCGACGUCGCGAACAGCAGAGGGAUUCUGGGUAACGGCCCCGGCCGGCUGGGGCGGCUGGCACCGCGCAGCAGGUUUCACUCACGCCAAGUCCUUUGGCAGUGGGGGUUGAAGGGCUUGGGGCAGCUGGACAUGGAGCAGCCGUGGCCGCCUCCAGGACCUUGGAGCGUCCCUCGGGCAGAGGGUGAGGCUGAGGAAGAGAGUGACUUGGACAUGUCUCCCAGUUCUCCCCGCUGUCCACAACUGCCCGGCGGCAGUACCCAGAUGUAUAGCCAUGGAAUUGAAAUGGCUUGCCAAAAGCAGAAAGAGUUCGUGAAGAGCUCUGUGGCAUGCAAAUGGAAUCUUGCUGAAGCUCAGCAGAAACUUGGUAGUUUAGCACUGCAUAACUCUGAGUCCUUGGAUCAAGAACAUGCCAAAGCACAAAUAGCAGUAUCAGAACUGAGGCAACGUGAAGAAGAAUGGCGGCAGAAAGAAGAGGCUCUAGUACAAAGAGAGAGAAUGUGUCUGUGGAACAUGGAUGCCAUUAGCAAGGAUGUUUUUAAUAAGAGUUUUAUUAAUCAAGAUAAAGGAAAAGAAGUAGAAGAUGAAGAUAAAUCAGAAUCAUUUAUGCAGAAAUAUGAGCAAAAAAUCAGACAUUUUGGUAUGUUGAGUCGAUGGGAUGAUAGUCAGAGAUUUUUGUCUGACCAUCCAUACCUUGUAUGUGAAGAAACUGCCAAAUAUCUUAUUUUAUGGUGUUUUCAUCUAGAAGCCGAACAGAAAGGGGCUCUAAUGGAACAAAUAGCACAUCAAGCUGUUGUAAUGCAGUUUAUUAUGGAAAUGGCCAAAAACUGUAAUGUGGAUCCAAGAGGGUGUUUUCGUUUAUUUUUCCAGAAAGCCAAAGCAGAGGAAGAAGGUUAUUUUGAAGCAUUCAAAAAUGAACUUGAAGCUUUCAAGUCAAGAGUCAGACAUUAUUCUCAAUCACCAAGUUUUCAACCUAUGACAGUUCAGAAUCAUGUUCCCCAUUCUGGUGUUGGAUCUAUAGGUUUAUUAGAAUCCUUACCACAGACUGUUAUUGAAUCAUAUGCAAGAAAUAGGACAAGACACUCAGUCAUGUGCUUUUGGGAAGAACUGGUCAAGAACUGGGACAAGAAAUGUGUUGAAAGUGUUACUAGAUGAAAAUAUCAUCAGUGGAAUUGAAGGAUAGAUAUGAAUCCAGAUUAUCUUCAGCAUUCUAUCAAUACAGCUCUCUGCAGUUUAAACUCAGUGGUACAUAAAGAAGAUGAGGAACCCAAAAUGAUGGACACUGUAUAAUUUGGUUAAGACUGCUGAGGCCAAGUACUAUUUUGUUACAAGAAAGGAAGAACUUGGCUAUUUUCUUGACACUUUUAUGGGUGCUGCACUUUAUUUUUGUUCGGUUUUUGAUGGGAGGGGAAAAAAGAGUACUGAAAUGUUUUGUAAAAUUUUUUUUAUGUGCUGCUAGAUUUUUUUGUUUUUUUUUUUCUGAAGAGAGGAGUGGUACCAUAAGUUACAAGAAGUCAAAUUGAACUUUGUUUUUUGCUACUAAAUUUGCCUUUAAUCUUAUUGUUCUCAAUUUUGGAAUCAAAGUAUGAAAAUCUGCACAAAUGCAAUGUUUACAAGAACUGGUUGAUUCUAGGAGGCAUCUGCUACAGUCUUUUUAUACAGAUAUGUACAUGCCGUACUCUCUCAAAGUGAUUAAAGACAAAAUGUCCUUGUAUCCUACUGCUAAUUUAGCUGUCAAAUCUGGUGUUUUAUCAUAUUAAAAGCAAUAAAUCAGUAGUGAUAAUCUACUUUACUAAAUAAGCUGGGUGAUACCAAUUUUUAAAAAGUUUUCCCCUUAAAAUAAUACUGCAUUCGCAUUUUCGGC